CCCCUCCAUCACACACAAACACAACACAACACACACACGCACGCACGGACAUAAGCGGCUGUGAGAGCAUCGCAGGCUGAAGUCGACAACAUGUAAGGCAGCAUGAAGGACGGCGCGGCUCCGACAGGCUCACGGCAGGUGCGGCGGGGAUGAAGCUGCAACCCACGGACAACAGGCUGCUGCUGCUGCUGCUGCUUCACCAUGUCCCCCGCAUCCGAGGCGGCUGUGUUGAUCUUGAAUCACACUGAAUGGAGGGCAUUGAAGUUCCUUUAAGAUGACACGAACGCACCCCCCUGAUAUUCUGGCAUCGACGCUUUAUCAGGACUUCACUCUGAAUCCCCUGACUGACCCGUCAGUUUCUAUCCACUCCUCCGGGCAGUGUGACUUGAAAAUGAUUGACAAAUCGGAAAUCAUCAACAAAAGGCACUGCCGUAGCUUUGACUUCAUUGAGUCACUGGAUGACCCACAGUCCUUCUCUUCUUCGAUGGAGUACCCUUACAAGAGGACUGAGCAUCAGACAUUAAACAAAGACCUAAUGUGGAACGGACUAGAUCAACCGGGGCACCUUCGCUUUUCGUCUCCUGAUCUGUUCAACACCAGGCAGUUCCAGCAGCAGCAGCAGCAGCAGCAGCAGCAGCAGCACACCACCCAGGACAAACCCAGCCAUCUUACAUGGUCAGAUUCUAAAAAGAGAACAAGAUCUAAAAGCGCUCCAAGAAUUAAGGCCACUCUCACUCCUGUGCCCAUCUCGGUGUCUCCUCCAGGAGGCAAGAAGGGGAGGGAUGCACCUCAGGCUGCAUCAGAUAGCUUAAGGACUUCAGAAACACAUCGAGAACCCUUCUCCUCAAACAGGGCUUUUUUGAACGAUGUGCAUCCUAUCAAACUGCAGCCUCAUUCUCCCCUGUAUGUCUCAGACUGUUUUGAGGAGGAUAAACCUGAUAAACCAGCCAUAACCCCUCACGUCAGGUGUCGUGUGGACAUUAAACCAGAUGCUUCUGUGCUGCAGCACACAGCUAGGCAGGUUCCCAAUGUACGGACUGAGCAUCUUUGGCAGAGAUACUCCCAGGCCAGUAGCAGUAGAGGUUUGUAUGUACCGCGACAGAUUGUCUCCUCACCAACGCCCACUCCAAGCGAAUGCUACAGUGGGGAUUUUAGACAAGGAUACCACUAUACCACCAGCAUGUCUCCCAUCUCCUACCAGCAUCUAGACAGUAUGCAUAGAAUGCCAUCACCAACUGCACCAUAUCUGAGUCAAGAGCAAAGAGCUUACUCAAACCCUAACAUACCGACAAAGUUUUUCUAUACAGAGGACCCUGUCCGGUUUCCAGUCCAUCCCUAUUCUAGGCCCUACUUUCAGGAUGAUCGGUCCAGCCUAACCAGUCACGGUAGUACAAUGACUAGUCAGUACGAUCCAAGGACUCGAUGGGUGCACACCCUUCCUGUCAGGUCAUAUUACACAGACCACCUUUCCAACAGAGAGCCAGCACACUCUGUAUAUAGUAGGCCUUACUCUACAAGUGAGGCAGGAUCAUAUUUUUCUCAAACUCCUCUGUCUAGAUCUUACUAUGGAGAGGACAACCGGUUCAAUCCGUACCAUAUGAGUAGCUCAAGGUUGGUUUACUCCAAACCGUACGGCUCUCCUGAGGAGCAGUGCUUUCCUUCAAGGCCAUAUCACACGGAGGGUCGUCAGCGCCCCCGAAUGUCCCAGGCCUUUUCCGAUGACUGGUAUCGCUCAAGUAUAUCUGGUUACUCUAACCAGUCCUCUCAGCUCACACCACCAAGAGUGAGGCAAGACCUCAGUAUGCCCCCAUGGUACACCAACAGCUAUGUGGAGACAAAUAGGCUAGGAGCAGAGGUGAAAAACCACUCCAAGUCUUGGGACAAUAUCCUGUACCCUCGGUAUGACAGAGAGCAGUCAGUGCCACGUGGACGAAGUUAUGAGAACCUGUUUUACCAAGCAAGGCAUGGAGCUCCCUCUGAUGUCACUUCUCAGCCUGUUAUACUUAACCUCUCAAGUUCACCAAGGCGCUACGCUGCCCUCUCACUCUCUGAAAACUCAUUAGAGAGGGGCUCGAGCAAUCCAUGGAGGAAUACCAAGAGUGGGAACUGGUUUGUAACUCCUGAGAUCACCAUAACAGACAACGACUUAACCGCAGGCAACAGCAAGCGGAGUGAUGUGCACUCUGUCAGAUGGGAUAUGUUGGACAGUGAAAAGACACCAUCUGAGAAAGUAACGCAUCAGAAGCAGCAAUCCACCACAGAGGACAUAAGCAAAGACAGGAAACACAACAACUUCUCCCUCCAGCAGAGUCUAGAGCAGCUGGACAAACUCUUAGCUGAUUUGGUCGUUGAUUACAAACCACCAACUUGCAAAAAGUCAAGCGAAGACCUUUUAGACCAGCUGAAGCAGCUAAUUAUUGAAGACGAUGACAAAGACAGAAGACCUUCUGGACUUGAAAACGUAGGAUGUCUGAACACACAGCUCCCGUCUUCUAAAUCCAGCCCUGACACAAACAAAGAUCCCGACAGUGGAUGUGAUGCUUUACAAAGGAGUGCAGAAGACUGUUCUCCAGACCACAGCACAGAUGAAGAUGACACUAUGGUGUGUGCUAACAAGAAGUGCAAACGGACUGAGAACAUGUUCAACGCUUGCUUGUAUUUCAAAUCUUGUCACAGUUGCUACACCUUUUACUGUUCGCGAAACUGUCGCAGGGACGACUGGGAGACUCAUAAAGAGACCUGUCUGUACGGCCGUGUCAACAGUGUGUGCCGACACACUCUUAAGUUCUGCAGAGAGAAUUCAGAGAUCCACAAAGCCUUCUCUCGCGUUGCUAAAGCUGGCUACCUCUCUAGAGGGAGAGGUGUUCUCUUUCUGGGUUUUGCCAAUCCAGAGACAGCUGACAACUUCCUGCAAGUUGGACUCGAGAGCCUCCUCAUGUCUCCGACAUACUUAUCUUUGAGAGAGCUGGACGGCUUCAAGGACAACCUGGGUGAAUACUGCAAGGAGCUGCAGCAGGCAGGUAAUGAAUACGACCCUAAUGAAUGUUUCCUUCUGAAUGUAUCCAUAGCUGUUGGUGAACUAGUGCCUAACAGACCUUCACCGAGGGUCCAAGCACCAACAGUUCGAAAAUAUGCAAAGGUGUCCUUGGCCUCCUCAAGCCCUGACAAAAAGGUACUCAAGAAGGACAGUGAAAUGGAAACUCUCAUCCUCACUCCGCCUCCAGGCACACCGGAUAUUGACAAGGAGGGGGAGGAGGGAAGAAAAGCCAGAGAGGUGUGCUUCGUCAAUAUCCAGCGUGAGCUCAGGACCAGAGGAGUCUUCCUUCGUCACGAGUACCCCAAAAUCUAUAGUCAGCUGUGUGAGUUUGUGGAGAGCAACAAGAGGUUCACCCCAACAACAAUUUACCCAAUAGAUAAGAGAACAGGGAAACAGUUUAUGUGCAUGAUCAUGGCCGCAUCCGAGCCAAGAACUCUGGACUGGGUGGGUACGCCUCAUCUCUUGGAUGAUAUUAUAUAGUAUAGCACUAAAUAGUAAUGAAAAUGAUGUCAGCUACGCUAAAUGUACAUACUGUAAAUAGAUGGUGUGGUUAGAUAAAUUGAACAUCGAUACGGACAUACGGUAUGUGUAUAUAUGUGACCAAGCUCUCUUUCUCUUAUUUCACUGUUUUGCCACGCGUGCACACACGCGCGCGCACACACACACACACACAUAGACGCACACAUAGAGUAUAUACACACACUUUUAAAGGCUAUGUCGUCAUUGGCUUGUUUUGAUCCUGUUGCACCCAGAAGAGUUAAUGUAGAUGCAUGUAGACUAGGCACAAACCCAGCUAUCCAGGUGUCAAAGAUGUGAACAUGUAUGAUCUGUGCAGUUACUGCAGACACUGUAUGAAGCACACACAAUAUUUAUGAAGUACUCAUCUCAUUGCCAUUACGUAAUGGUAGACACAACCAGGUCUCAUAUUGUAACAGUCGUCCACUAUUGAUUUCUCCAGAAGUGUUAUAUCAAAAAUUCAUAUUAUAACUUGUUAUAGUGGUUGUAAUACUACAACUGUUUAUUAGUACUUAAGUAUUAUUUCUGAAGUAUACUGUAGUCGUGUGGGUAUUUUUUUUCAUUAUUAUUGAUAUAUUAGUUAUUGUUUGAUAGAUGAGUACAAUCAAACCAUCUAUUUGUCUCCCCACUACAUUAAGAAUUUUGGUUGGAGAUUAUUUCAUCUAGUGGUAAGACUUGAUGUCAUUCUCAUGUAAAUUGCUUUGUUUUAAAGUGGCCUUCAGUCGAAAAGAAAAAAUGCAUUUGACACAAAGCAAUGUAUAGGUUUAAGCUAUUUCUAAAGGCUCGACAACUCUUGACUUAGUUUGUUUGAACUACCAUUGUAAAUGAACAGUUAUUUUGCUCAAAGCAUGUUAUUUAUAUUCAGGUAUUUUAAUAUUGCUUAUAAUUAAAUUUAUUAUGUUAUUGAAAUACCAUUUGAUGCUUAGAAAUGUAAGAGGUAUAUAUAAAAAUAUAUAUUAAAUAUUAGAUAAUUUCAACAUCAUGACCUUGAGACCUUAUUGUAACUGAUACCACAGUAUGUUCUUAAACAAUAUGCAAUAAAAGAGCAACCUUAACAUCUAUACUGUCGAAUCCUGCUUUAUUAUUAAUAUUGAAUAAUCCCUUGGAGCCACAAGCUGCAAAGUCUUUGUUUGCACUAAAACAUAAAUUAUAGAAUGAGAAUGUUUCUAACACAGCUGCAGAACCGAUCACAGAUGUGAUGAAACGCCUGCUUCCGUUGCCAUUGUUGACUAAUCUAAGGUUGCUCUUUUACUUGAUUAUAUAUAUCUUUGUGCAAGACCUUCCUGAACUUUAUAUUUUGUGAUGUUUAUAACUCAUAUAUAAUAUAUAAUAAAUGGAAUUUAACAGGCAA